AUGGACGGAAACGAUUUGUUGGCGAGAUUCAAGGUGAAACACCUCGUCUGGAUUCCUGUGAUCGGCUUCAUUCAAAUCUACUUUCUGUGGCACUAUGCGAACAAGGCCGAGCACAUAAGAAAGGCGAAAGAUGCGUUUUUGUCGAAACAUUUCGAAGAUGCAGAAAAAUGGAGAAGCGAGUAUCUUGUGCAUUUUGACUACGCCGUUGGAACGUACGAAACAGAGGCGGGAAUUGAAGUGAAAGACGUCACACUUGUUUCUCAAUGCUCUCCAGACAACCUGCAUCACGUAGAAGGACUUAUGAAGGCUUGGAAAGGGCCUAUUUCGAUAGCCGUCUUUGCGCCCGAUCGUGACGCUGUUUCGGCGAUGUUUGGCAUCCAGAUAUUGAGAAAGUGCAACGCAGAUAUCAGAAGACACGUUACCUUUCAUAUCAUGUAUCCGAGUACCCACCCGCCGCGAUUUGAUGAAACUGUCGAAGAUUUUACUGAAGAGGAAUGCAUCCUAGCAAUGGAACAGCUAAAAGCAUGGGAAGGAGCAAACUACGCUCGUGGCGAGCUGCCUUAUCCCCAAAACUCGCUGCGAAACAUCGCUCGGGCGAAGAUCAAGACCGACCUGUUCUACCUCGUGGAUAUAGAUACCGUGCCUAGUGGAGACUUGCGUUAUCAAUUCACCAAAUUUGCAAAGAAAAGAGGCCUCUUUGAUCAAACAAGACUCGAAGCAUUUAUCACACCUGCAUUCGAAAUAAGAAGCCAUCAUCGCUUGCCACAGAACAAAGACAAAGUUAUUCGAUUGGUCGACGACGGAGAAAUGCGUCCCUUCCACUACGAUACAUGUCCUUAUUGCCACAAACCGACGGAAUUCGACCAUUGGUACGGAUACCGCGGAUCUGACGAGCUCGAGGACGCGUACGAAAUCGAGUACUCAAAUUCCUUCGAGCCCUUUUAUCUCGCCAAUACUCACGUCGCUCCCUUGCACGAUGAGCGAUUCAAGGCUUAUGGCUUCGAUAGAAUUAGUCAGAUUUGCGAAAUGCACGUAAAAGGAUUUACCUUUUAUGCACUUAACAACGCCUUCAUCGUUCACAAAGGAUUCAAAUUCAAGAAGAACUUCCACGAAACCAAAGACUACGAGAACAAGAAGAACGGCAAAAUUUACGAAAAGUACUUCAAGCCAGAGCUGAAAGUUAAGUACCCGAAUUCGCAGCGUGAAUGUCUCGAGGAGUCAGCCAACCGCAGAGGCCAUGUCCAAGUCAACGUCGAUAAUCUGAAACAAAUCCUCAAGAGGGGCGUAGAGCAGCACAUUCAAACUGAAAACAAGAGAGAGAAGAGGAAUGCCGAUAAAAGAUCUGAAGAGCAAGGCUUAAAAUCUGAAGAAUCGGAGCAAUUAGAACAAGAUAUUCAAUCAGACGAGAUUCUAGAGGAAUCACAUUCACCGGAAAAUCUUCCUGACGAGAGCAUUUUAUCUAAAGACGAUGAAGUGCAAGAAACAGACAAAGAUGAAGAUUCCGUGUCAGAAAGUGAAGAAACCGAAGAUCGAGAAGAGGAAUCUAUUGAAGAAGUUGGUGAAUCAGACGAAGAAGCUGCACAAAUUGAGCCGUCCCACAACUUCCUUUCCGAGAACGAAGAAGCUGAGCAAGGAAAUCUUCAAGAACCUUUGGAGAAUGCAGAAGUUGAACCAAUAGUCGAAAAAGAAGAAGACGAGAAUCAAGCCGAAGUAUCGGAUGAAAUCUCCGAAGAUAGUGAACAAGAGGAUGAAUCCGAAGACGCACCUCAAACCGAGAUAGAAACACGUAAUGUACGUCUUCUCCACCGCGAAGAACUAGAUUAG